CAAACCCGGCGCUGCCCUCUCCGCUGGCGGUCGCCUUGCCCAUGGGCCUGCUCCGUGGGGCAGCCCGAGAGCCAGGGCCAGCCCUUCCGCUCGCCGGUCCUCUCCCCUCACGUCAGGAGAGCGAGGGGCCGGGGGGCCCGCCUGCCUCCGCCGGGGUGAGGGUGUCACCGCGGGGCUUCCUUGCGGGCUGGAGUUGCAUCCCGGGGACUCCCCCUCGUCCCGGCAUCACCCGGCCGGGCGUGGAGGGCUGGGCGACAGAGCCCGCUGUGCCUUGGGGAGGCGGCCGGGAGGAGCGCAGUAAAGUUGACCUAUGAAGAGCUGAGAGCGAGCUGUGCCCUGUCCGGGAAAGGAGGGUGCUGGCAGGCUUGUCUGCCCUGCUCCUUCCCCUCCUCGGUUCCCCGGGGAAGCGCCUGCAGCGGGUGUUGCAUACUCUCAGCAAGAGCAGGGUUUGAAGUUGACAGCUGAUUUAACGUCUCACUAACGUUUUUCCUCUGUGCUGGUUCUCUGUAGUUAAUCUUUGCUGCCAGUCGUACUAGUUACUGGGGCUUUUUCACAAUCUUAAAAGCAGGUCAGAGCUUGUAACUUCUGAGCACAAGGGCUCAGCUCCAAAGGGUGCCUUGCUCUUGCAAACCAGGUUAUGUCAACACAAAAAGGUUUGUUCACCUUACACAGUUCCUUGCUAGGAUGCAAGUGACAAAAUUGUGUGGUGGUCUUAUUUCUGUGAGAUUCCAUUCUCACUUGCAUCUUGCAGGAAAGUACAUUGUAGUAAUACGUGCAUGUCAGAGUCCACCACCACAGGCUGCAUUAGCAGCCUUUCCACACCAUCUUCUAUUUCUUCCCAGUUAGCUGAUAAACUGUAUACCGUUUGCUGUAUUGUCAUGCUAUCUUGCACUCUAAAAGUCUCCUGAAAACUUGAUUUGGUCCGCUUGUAACUGUGUGAUCCAGAAGUCAGCACAGCUGGUGCUUCCUCCUGUUUUUCUGCUAUCCCUCCUCUUCAUGCUUCCAACUGGAAUUGUUCCCAAGUUCUGGAUUUUCUUGCCCUCUGUGGAGAAGUGGAGAGAGAGGAACUGUGGUGUGUGGAUGUGGAAACAUUUGUUUUUGAGGGGAUGACCAGAUAUUUUACAACAUGGUACUGUAUUAAAACCAAUGUUAUGAAGAUGUCCUAUAAGAUAGUAAAGGACAGAAAUCAAACAUGUGGUAUCUGUCGAGCCACCUUUCGUGCCUUAAUGAGCUGGACAAGAUUUUGAUACAGGAUGCCAGUAUUGAUCUGUGCUUUGUCUUGGAUGUGGCUAAUGUGGAAGAGGGCCCAGGAGGAUGACGAAGGCUGUGUCACUGCUUCUUGACAGCCAAGAACCUGACCAAAACUCUGAUGAAGAGGGAGGAAUGCUUUUCUCCCACAACCUCCAUUUGUGUUUUCAGCCUGUCUUCCAUUCGUAGAAAUCUGCAGGCACUAUGAAGGUGAUAGCUGGUGAUGGUGAGUCCAACUUCAGAGCAGUAUGACAGUUUGCUCCAGCAGAUGUCAGAGAGAAUUGAUGAGGGAUGUGGGGAGACUAUCUAUGUCAUUGGGCAAGGAUCAGAUGGGACUGAAUAUGGUCUGAAUGAGGCAGACAUGGAAGCAUCCUAUGCCACGUUGAAGAGUAUGGCAGAGCAGAUUGAGGCAGAUGUGAUCCUCCUGCGGGAGCACCAGGAGGCAGGGGGCAAGGUGCGCGACUACCUCGUUCGUAAACGAGUGGGUGACAACGACUUCCUGGAGGUCAGGGUAGCGGUGGUUGGCAAUGUGGAUGCAGGAAAGAGCACAUUGCUAGGUGUGUUGACACAUGGCGAACUAGACAAUGGCCGAGGCUUUGCUCGGCAAAAGCUCUUCCGCCAUAAGCAUGAGAUUGAGUCAGGUCGCACCAGCAGCGUGGGCAAUGACAUUUUGGGCUUCGACAGUGAGGGCAACGUGGUGAACAAGCCUGACAGCCAUGGUGGCAGCUUGGAAUGGACAAAGAUCUGUGAGAAAUCCACGAAGGUCAUUACUUUCAUUGACCUGGCUGGUCAUGAAAAGUACCUGAAGACCACCGUCUUUGGCAUGACUGGCCAUUUACCUGACUUCUGCAUGCUUAUGGUUGGCAGUAAUGCUGGGAUAGUUGGAAUGACCAAGGAGCACUUGGGCCUGGCGCUUGCACUUAAUGUUCCUGUCUUUGUUGUGGUGACCAAGAUUGACAUGUGCCCUGCCAACAUCCUGCAAGAAACCCUGAAGCUGUUACAGCGACUGCUGAAGUCCCCAGGGUGCAGGAAGAUUCCCGUGCUGGUACAGAGCAAGGAUGAUGUCAUUGUAACAGCCUCCAACUUCAGCUCAGAGAGGAUGUGCCCAAUUUUCCAGAUUUCAAAUGUCACUGGGGAGAACCUAGAUUUGCUGAAGAUGUUUCUUAAUCUCUUGUCUCCACGGACCAGUUACAGGGAAGAAGAGCCAGCAGAAUUCCAGAUAGAUGAUACUUACUCUGUCCCGGGUGUAGGAACAGUUGUGUCUGGGACAACACUGAGAGGCCUGAUCAAGCUAAAUGACACCCUGCUGCUGGGGCCAGAUCCCCUUGGCAACUUCCUACCUAUUGCUGUCAAGUCCAUCCACCGCAAGAGAAUGCCCGUCAAAGAAGUGCGGGGAGGCCAGACUGCCUCCUUUGCUUUGAAAAAGAUCAAGCGUUCUUCCAUCCGGAAAGGCAUGGUAAUGGUGUCACCCCGCCUGAAUCCACAAGCAUCGUGGGAGUUUGAAGCAGAGAUUCUGGUGCUCCAUCACCCCACCACCAUCAGCCCACGAUAUCAGGCCAUGGUGCAUUGUGGCAGCAUCCGUCAGACAGCCACGAUUCUCAGCAUGGACAAAGACUGCCUGCGGACAGGGGACAAAGCCACCGUGCACUUUCGCUUCAUCAAAACCCCAGAAUAUUUGCAUAUAGACCAGCGUCUGGUCUUCCGUGAAGGCCGCACCAAAGCUGUGGGUACCAUCACUAAGUUACUUCAGACCACCAAUAACUCACCAAUGAACUCCAAGCCACAGCAGAUCAAGAUGCAGUCAACCAAGAAGGGAGCUGUUACAAAACGAGAGGAUGGUGUUCCCCCAGCUGGGACAGCAGCUGGAGGCCCACUAGCUGGGGACGAGGCCUCCUCAACAGCCAUAGCGCCACUGACACCUACUGCUCUGCAACCAUUGCCUGCGCUGGAUGAAGAGCCCCACAUCCGUGAGGGCAAUAAGUCAAAAGUCGGAGGAGGAGGCCGGCGACGUGGGGGUCAGCGCCAUAAAGUGAAAUCUCAGGGAGCCUGUGUGACUCCUGCCAGUGGCUGCUGAAUUUCUUACUCCUCCUCUCUCUGAGGAAUUCCUCCCCUUUCCUUCAUUUCUUAUCCAAAAGAUCCAGCGCAGCUUAAACCAAAACCCAUCCCAGCUGAUUGGCUGCAGAAUUGUCCCUCCUCCCCGAAGGAAGCAAUGGAGAGGAGCAUAAUUUAUAAGCUAAUGAAGGUGAUAAAACACACGGAACUGAGUAACUGACACCUUCCUCCUCCCCCUAUCAACACAUUUUUGUACAUCAUGGGCUUAGUUUUUAUUCUUACUAGUUUUUAUUAUAUUCUGUGUGCAUGAAGAUGAGUCUGGAUAGAACUGCGAGGAGCCAGUUAGCUGCCUCCCUCCUCCCUCACCCCAUUCUGUCUGCAGGACUUGCUGCUCUCCUCCUAUGUGCUGUCUCAGAUCCAGGAGUUAUCUGAUGUCUGAAAUUUCAGACUUGCAAAGGUUAAAACACAUUGCUUAGGAUGACUCCAUAGGGCAUUGUUUCCUCACCACUGUGGCUCUGUGCCAAAUAUGUUUCUGUAUGUUCUCCAUUUUUCUUAAACUAUUGGGUUUAAUUUAAUGUUGUAGUGGCUGAAGUUUGAAGGAGAUGGUAAGAAAGUUUAUUAGUUGGAGAUCUAAGAGGGAAACAAAUAGGAAAGCAGUUUUGAUGUUAAGGAAUCCUGUACUAAAUAGCCUUCUCAAAUACAUUGAUAGCACUUAAGUUUUUAAUUAGAGACAGAAUGAAAUGGGCAGUCAUUUGCCUAUCCAGUUCCCCUUCCUAUCAUGCUUCUUUUCCUAUUGUUUGUUCAGUGCACACUGGAGCAAAUCUAACCUGCCUCUCAAGGCUGCAGCAACUCAAUUGACAGUAUUAAGAAUAUAGUGCAGGAACACUCAGUCCAUCCCUUGAGCCAGAGAAAGCCUUCUCACCUUGACGGACAGAGAUCACAGGUAGUAAUAUACCUUUGGAACAGAGACACCAGGCAGACAAGACCUUUUGAUUCUAUUUACCCACAAGAGUUCUCCAAAUCAUCUGGAACUCAUUGGCCAAACUUUGCCAUGGCAGAGAUACGAUUUGUCUUCUUUCCUCUUGGCUGAGGAGGGCAAUGAUGAGUUGGUACCAGAUCUUAAAAAGUGCUUUCAGUUUUGAAAGUAUGUGGUAAUUUUUAUGACUUUAAUUUUUUUUUAAGUUUGUAUUUUUUUUAAAUGACAAAUUGUGGCCUCUCCAGGAAGGCCCUGCAAAGGACAGUCUAUGAAUUAACUUUAUUGUUAUGUUUUUUAACCCUGGGUUGUGCAAGUGAUCAAUUCCCUACUUAUUUUGAUCUCUUUUUCUUCUAACCCUGCCUCUUUGCUUGGCUCUGUGAGGACAGGUGUUAUCCUUUGCUGGCUUGUGGUGAGCUGUGGGAUCAUGGUAGCAUUUUGAGAGAGAAGGUGGUAUCCUCAGCAAAUCAUUGCUCUCCCCAGCAGGUGUUGUCAGCCUCAGUUUCUUUGAGGGCUUCCUCCUCCAGUGAAGGGCUUUUAUUUUAAUUAGAGGGAAACUGAAGAGUUUGUGUCCCUCCUUAGCAAGUUGUUGUUUCUCACUCUGUGGCACCUGUGUGGAGUUCAUUCCAGUUCCCCUUGCAAUUCAAAGUAGGCUUUCAAGCCAGUUGAGCAACAGCAGGCUUGAGGAGGGGGGACAGCAUGUCUCCCAGUGCCAGCACCAGCACUGCAAAAGCAUUAAGCAGCGCAGGAGAGGUGAGGAAUGUGGUUCAAGACGGGGUGCUUUGCCUUAGAGACUGCAGUGGCAUGAGUGUGGGUGGAAAGGGGAGGUCAGACAGUCCUUUCCAAGCUAUGUGCCUAAAUACCAGCACUCUCCUGGUGAGGGAGGAACUAUAGGCGGCUACAACACUAAUAGCACCCACAUUGUGAAGGGGUGUGAAGUGUGGCUAAGCAGGGCCCAAGGGCCCGGUUGGUUUGUCUUCUGGCCCUGUCACAGUAUCAAACUGUAUCUGAUUUCACUGCCCUCUGCUUCUAAGGGGAGCAGGGAGCUGCAGGCGGUUUUCUCCAUUCCUUGUGCUCCAAAUGAAAGAGACUGCUGAGGCUGGAAGAGGGUUUACUUCAGUUCAUGCAAAGGAGGUGGUGUGAUCUCUCUUUUGUGACCAGCAUUCAAAGAUCACUCAUGCUGGUGAUCUAUAAAAUAAAUUUUAAAAAAGUUUGUUCCAAGUUAAA